CUGGCGGCGGCGGCGACACGGCAGCAAAUAUCCCUGCCCUAGGUGUUCCCCUUGCCUGCAGUCGGGGCUGCCGCUUGGCGGCCCAGUCCUGGCUAGCCCAGGUGCCUUCUCCAAGAGGAGCAGCAGUGGGGAGAAAUGGCCACAAGGUUGCUGCCAGCCCAGGCUCUGGCAUCUGUGACAUUCAGGGAUGUGGCUGUGUUCUUCAACCGGGACGAGUGGCUGUGCCUAGACCCUGCACAGAGAACCUUGUACCAGGAGGUGAUGCUGGAGAACUACAGCACCCUGUUCUCACUGGGAUGGGAGAGCUUGUUUGAAACCACAGUUUCCGAAGAAGAAAAUCAGGAAGUAAUGAAUCAACUCAUAGGUGAUGAUCCUUUUGACUUCAAGUUGGGAAAAGUCUACAUAAAUGAGGAAGAACUAGAGAAUCAGCAAGGCAGAAAGAACAGACCUUUGAGGGAAGUCUUAGUUACCAUCAGGAAAACCUGUAUGAAGGAGAAGAGCUUUACAGGUAUUGACCUUGGGAAAAAUCUUGAUCUCAAAUUAUUACUCAUUAGAAAACCCAGCAUUGUUUCCAGAGGAAGGAAACCCUGUUCACAGCAGUAUUCAAUUCUAUUUAAACAACUGGGAAUCAACACAGUACGUAAGUGUUACAAGUGUAAUAUCUGUGGGAAAAUCUUCCUCCACAGUUCUUCCCUGAGUAAACAUCAGAGAAUCCAUACUGGAGAGAAGCUCUAUAAAUGUAAGGAAUGUAGGAAAGCUUUUAGCCAAAGCUCAUCUCUAACUCAGCACCUGAGAGUUCAUACUGGAGAGAAGCCUUAUAUAUGUAGUGAAUGUGGAAAAGCCUUUAGUUUCACUACAUCUCUCAUUGGACAUCAGAGAAUGCAUACUGGAGAGAGACCCUAUAAAUGUAAUGAAUGUGGAAAAACAUUUAAAGGUAGUUCAUCCCUUAAUAAUCACCAGCGAAUUCAUACUGGAGAAAAGCCCUAUAAGUGUAAUGAAUGUGGGAGAGCCUUUAGCCAGUGUUCAUCUCUUAUUCAGCAUCAUAGAAUUCAUACUGGAGAGAAACCAUACGAAUGUAGUCAGUGUGGGAAAGCCUUUACUUCAAUAUCGCGGCUAAGUAGACACCAUAGAAUUCAUACUGGAGAGAAACCCUUUAACUGUAAUGAGUGUGGAAAAGUAUUUAGUUAUCACUCAGCCCUUAUUAUACAUCAGAGAAUUCACACUGGUGAGAAACCUUAUGCCUGUAAAGAAUGUGGGAAAGCCUUCAGCCAAAGUUCAGCUCUUAUACAACAUCAAAGAAUUCAUACUGGAGAAAAACCCUACAAAUGUAAUGAAUGUGGGAAAGCUUUCUCCUGGAUCUCACGGCUUAACAUACACAACAGAAUCCAUACUGGAGAGAAACCAUAUAAUUGUAAGGAAUGUGGAAAAGCCUUCAGUUCCCACUCAGCAGUUAAUACUCAUCGAAAAAUUCAUACUGGAGAGAAACCUUAUAAAUGUAAUGACUGUGAGAAAGCCUUCAACCAAAGUUCAGCUCUCAUUCAGCACCAGAGAAUUCAUACUGGAGAGAAACCAUUUAACUGUAAAGUAUGUGGGAAAGCCUUUAGACAGAGUUCAUCCCUUAUGACACAUAUGAGAAUUCAUACAGGAGAAAAGCCUUACAAAUGUAAAGAAUGUGGGAAGGCUUUCACCCAGAAGGCUGAGCUAAGAAGUCAUAGACAAAUUUACCCAGGGGAAAAACCUCAUAUUUACAAUGAAUGUGGGAAAAGCUUCAACCAGAGUCUUCAUCUUUUUGAGCAUCAGAGAUUUCAUACUGGUGAGAAACCUUACAAAUGUAAUGAGUGUGGAAAAACCUUCAGCCACAGAUCAUCCCUUCUUGCCCAUCAGAGAAUUCAUACAGGAGAGAAACCUUAUAAAUGUAAUGAAUGUGAGAAAGCAUUUAGCAGCAAUUCAACCCUUAUCAAACAUCUGAGAGUGCAUACUGGAGAGAAACCCUAUCAAUGUAAGGAAUGUGGUAAAGCCUUUAGUCAGUGUUCAACCCUCACUGUACAUCAGAGAAUUCAUACUGGAGAGAAACUUUAUAAAUGUGGAGAAUGUGAGAAGGCCUUCAAUUGUAGAGCAAAACUUCAUAGACAUCAACGAAUCCAUACAGGUGAGAAACCCUAUAAAUGUAGUGAAUGUGGGAAAAGUUACAGCCAUUUGACAUCCCUGGCUGAGCAUCAGAGGCUUCAUACUGGAGAACAACUGUGUAAAUGCUUGGAAUGUGGGAGAAACUUCACUCGCAUCUCAACCCUUAUUGAACAUCAGCGGAUUCAUACUGGACAAAAACCGUAUCAGUGUAAUGAAUGUGGGAAAGCCUUCAACCAGUAUUCAUCCUUUAAUGAGCAUCAGAAAAUUCAUACUGGGGAAAAACUUUACACAUGUGGAGAAUGUGGGAAAGCCUUUGGUUGCAAAUCUAACCUUUAUAGGCAUCAGAGAAUUCAUACUGGAGAGAAACCCUAUCAAUGUAAUCAGUGUGGAAAAGCUUUCAGCCAGUAUUCAUUCCUAACUGAACAUGAGAGAAUCCAUACUGGAGAGAAACUCUAUAAAUGUAUGGAAUGUGGGAAAGCCUACAGUUACAGAUCAAACCUUUGUAGACAUAAAAAAGUUCACAAUAAGGAAAAACUCUAUAAGUGGAAGGAAUAUGGGAUCAGAGAUUUCUUAGAGAUAAGCCCUGUGAGGUUUAAUUCAUCUCUCAAAUAAUUUAAGACUUCUCAUUGGAGAAUAAUCAGGAGAAUAAUAAAUAGGGCACAGACUUCUGAUAGAGCAAGUCUUUUUUUUUUACUUCUCCUAGAGAAAAUAUGCUAGUUACCAUUAAUGGUAAAAUUGAUCAGUGAAUGUUAAGAGCAUUGACUUGUCAAAUUUUGUAAGAACACUAAAGAUUCUAAAGAACAUAAAAAUUUUAAAUUCAUAGAAAAAUAUAAAAGGCCUAACUUUUUAAAAAAUGAAAAUAAUGGAAUAUAAGUUUUGUUUCAUUAGACUUUAUUCCCUAACAGUAAACUUCAAUAUGAAUUUUCUUUUAAAAACAGUCAUUCAGGUAUUAAUAAGUGUUGGGCCUUAUUUUCUAAAAUGGCAGACAGAGGUAGGACAUGCUAUCUUUCAUAAAGAGAAGCUAAAUAUAAAAGGAAUUCUUUAAACUUAGAUUUUCACAUGGAAAUAAUCAAGCUCACUUUUUAUGAACUGCCUCACCAGCAAUUUAUACCUAUAAAUAUACACAUAUAUACACAU